AGCUGCUGCGCAAGCACAACUUCCUCCCUCGAGUGACGCAUUAAAGGCGAGGAAGGAGCAGGCCGUGCAGCGCCAGAGACUCCAAAGCUUUAUGCGCGUCAUGAACGUGGGAUUUCCAGGCGGGGGUGCAGAAGAUCUGCAGGCGUGCACGCUUGCUUGAAGCGGCCCAGGAAGUGAAAGGCGUGCAGCUGACAGAUUGGCUUCCUCUUGUGCAGACCUCUUUGUCAAGCCCUGCAUCACAAUGGGGAAUACAAACAACCGCUCCUCAGCAGGUUCUUCUUUUGAUUUCUUCCAAACUCACCUGACGCCCUCAGAGGCAGAUGUGACGACAAUGGCCAUAUCCUCCGAAACCUCCUCCCACAGGCCGCAAACGCCCUCGCUCGAAAUGCCCCCGCACGACUCUCACGCCACCACCUUCGCAGUAACGGACUGGGCGCAGAGGCUCUCCCCUCCCUCCGAAUGGGCCAUCUUGAGCGUAGACGGCAGCAUCAAGUCUCCGAACGUGAGUGGCGAAGUGGCUGGCCACGACGAGGCCCCGGUGGUCAGUCUGUGCAGCCUGACAUCACUGAAUUCGUCCAGGGUGUGGCCUUUGGAGCAGAGCUGGCAGGAGAAGGACAGCGGGCUGGAGCCCCAGGCUGCGGCCGAGAGGUCCGGGAAGAAGCUGAGCCGGGCCUUGCUCCGCCUGAUUGAGCGCCAUUGUACUUUGUUGGGCCUCAGCCUAGACAUGGAUACCACCGUGGUAGCUGUAGAGCUGGUCAAACAGUUGAUAACGGAAAGAGACAAACUAGCCGAGGAGGUGAACAGCCUGCGAGAGACUCUAAACAAUGAGAAGUCGGAGUGGCAGCAGUUCCAGUGUGACCUACAGGUGGCCGUGUCCGUAGCCGAAGGACUGCGGGCGGAAUCGGAGCAAGCCCGAAGCCAGCUCCAGGAGGACCACAAGAGUUUGCAGGAGCAGCUGGCCCAGGCCCUGGGAAGGGAGCUGGAGAUGCAGCGGGAGCUGAAAUGUCUGCGCUCCCAACACACGGAUGUGUGCCGAAGACUGGCCUCGCUUGAAAAGCAGCAGCAGCCAAUGGACAGAAGAUUCACAGAAGACAAAAGCCCCCCUGCGGAGGGUCAUGCGAUGAAAAUGCACUACGUUAUGGAGGAAGCUGACAUGAAAAGUGUUCACAAACAAGAGGAGCAUGAAGCUAAUGAAAAGAUGGAUGCAAAAAGAUCUGCGAACUCACAGCUGACUGGCAAGGGUAUAGUGAAGGUAUACGUGGAUGCACUGGAGAAGAAAAAAGGAGAGCGUGAUCCAAGGAGGAGUCUGUCCCGUAUUCCAUUGCCUGUUGACUCCUCCUGUCACAAUAAUAACUUGAUUAAAACAAGCUCAACAUUGCCACAAUGCAAGCAGAAAGAAGAGCCACCACAAGGGAGGAAGAUGGCGCACAUUUUCAAGCGCCAUGACAGCUGGUCAAGCUGUCACACAGUGGUAUUGGAGACUACUGGAGAAUUGGAGACUUCUUCCAGAGUAAAUGUUCACCAAUCUGCAUCCAGACUGGAAAUGGAUGCUGUAUGCACAAAACCACCUCUGGGAAAACUGGAUGACGCGCCUUCCGAUAUAAUCAAACCCGCGAAUGGAUUGUGCGCUCAGCUACGGCGUCACGGUGGCUCCAAAAGAAACUCCCUGCUGAGCUGGUGUCAAAGUCGUACUGAAGGCUAUCAGUAUAUUGAGAUCACGAACUUCAGCACCUGCUGGCAGGACGGUUUGGCCUUCUGUGCCGUGUAUCAUACUUAUCUGCCUACUCGCAUCCCUUACAACCGCCUCGACCCAGCAGAGAAGAAGGAAAAUUUGGAUCUUGCUUUUAAGACAGGAGAGUCUGUUGGGAUCACAACCACUCUGUCCGUGGAGGAGAUGCUGAAGGAGGAUGGUCCAGAAUGGCAGAAAGUACUGUGUUACGUCGAAAGCAUAUUUCAUCACUUUGUCAGAUAUGAGGUAGCAAGCACCCAAGGCUAUGACUGUGUGUCUGCAAUAUGACCAGAAUUGAUCGUUUUAUGGUGCCGCUCACUCCUCUUGCGCCGUCAUGCUUCACUGCUCCCCAGUAUAAGAACCUUGACUGGGUUUCAUUUUUUUUUUUUUUUUCUUUUCCUUCCCCCCCCCAAUGAUGUCGCUCACACUGGGUAAGAUAAGCAGCCAGGUUGUUGCACUGACUGUACCCCAUGUUACGAAAAAAAAAAAAAAAGUGAGACAAGCAUGAAUAUAACUGAACUCCUCAUUUGUUUUGUUGGGCCUUGAAGCACUGGUUUGCACUAAAUUUCUUUAAGAAAAUUAACACUUUAAUGGAGACUAUUUUUGGAAUAGGGGCACUUAGUGUUGUUUAUCUUGGCCGAUAAGCGGCAUCAUCUGCUGUGAUUGUCACAUUCACUGCCUGCAUGCAGCCAAACUCGAGAAGACUGAAUUUUAUAUGUUAAAAUGUUUGACGUCUGAGGAACAUUUUAGGAAAAUGCAUUUGUUUCAGUGGGUUUUUUUUGGUGUUAAGUUAAAUAAAGAUAUAUUUGAACAUUUCACAAUAA